AUGGAAACAGGGAACCCAACAGCUAUUUCAAAAUUCAUCCUUCUGAGCCUUUCGGAAGAUAUGGACCUGCAGCCCCUCCUCUUUGGGCUGUUCCUGUCCAUGUACCUGGUCUGUGUUAUAGGGAACCUGCUCACCAUCCUGGCCAUCAUCUCAGACUCCCACCACUACUCCCCCAUGUACUUCUUCCUCUCCAACCUGUCCUUCACUGACAUCUGUUUCAGCACCACCACAGUCCCCAAGAUGUUAGUGAACAUCCAGACGCAGAACAAAGGCAUCACGUAUGAAGGCUGCCUUACCCAUUUUUUCAUGAUCUUUGCUGGGCUAGAUAAUUUGCCACUGACGGUGAUGGCCUAUGAUCGGUUCGUGGCCAUCUGUCACCCCCUAUACUACAUGGUCAUCAUGAAUCCUUGCCUUUGUGGUCUCCUGCUUUUGCUUUAUUGGUUGAUCUGCCUGACAUAUUCUUUGUUGCAAAGCUUGGUUUUGAGGGUGUCCUUCUGCAAAGAGGCAGAAAUCCCCCACUUUUUCUGUGAACUUGCUCAGAUUCUCAAGCUCACCUGCUCCGACGCCCUUGUUAAUGAUAUCCUGCUGUAUUUUGUAACUGGCCUGCUGGCUGUUAUUCCCCUGACUGGGAUCCUUUUCUCUUAUUCUAUCUCCUCCAUAAUGGGCAUUUCAUCUACUGGUGGAAAGUAUAAAGUCUUUUCCACCUGUGGGUCUCACCUCUCAGUCAUCUCCUUGUUCUAUGGUGCAGGCCUUGGGGUCUCCCUCUCUUCUGGAACAGCAUCCUCCAGAAAGGGUUCAGUAGCCUCGGGGAUGUACACGGUAGUCACCCCCAUGCUGAAUCCCUUCAUCUACAGUCUGAGGAACUGA